CCCCCCCGCCCCCGCCCCCCCCAUGGACAUGCUGGACCCGGGUCUGGAUCCCGCUGCCUCGGCCACCGCUGCUGCCGCCGCCAGCCACGACAAGGGACCCGAGGCGGAGGAGGGCGUCGAGCUGCAGGAAGGCGGGGACGGCCCAGGGGCGGAGGAGCAGACGGCGGUGGCCAUCACCAGCGUCCAGCAGGCGGCGUUCGGCGACCACAACAUCCAGUACCAGUUCCGCACAGAGACGAAUGGAGGACAGGUGACAUACCGCGUAGUCCAGGUGACUGAUGGUCAGCUGGACGGCCAGGGCGACACGGCUGGCGCCGUCAGCGUCGUGUCCACCGCUGCCUUCGCGGGGGGGCAGCAGGCUGUGACCCAGGUGGGUGUGGACGGGGCAGCCCAGCGCCCGGGCCCCGCUGCUGCCUCUGUGCCCCCAGGUCCUGCAGCGCCCUUUCCGCUGGCUGUGAUCCAAAAUCCCUUCAGCAAUGGUGGCAGCCCCGCAGCUGAGGCUGUCAGCGGGGAGGCACGAUUUGCUUAUUUCCCGGCGUCCAGUGUGGGAGAUACUACGGCUGUGUCUGUACAGACCACAGACCAGAGCUUGCAGGCUGGAGGCCAGUUCUAUGUCAUGAUGACUCCCCAGGAUGUACUUCAGACAGGAACACAGAGGACGAUUGCCCCCCGGACACACCCCUACUCUCCAAAAAUCGAUGGAACCAGAACACCCCGAGAUGAGAGGAGAAGAGCCCAGCACAAUGAAGUGGAGCGGAGGCGGAGAGACAAGAUCAACAACUGGAUCGUCCAGCUUUCGAAAAUCAUUCCAGACUGUAAUGCAGACAACAGCAAGACGGGAGCGGUGAGCGCCCCGGACCCUCAGGGGCUGCAGCGGGCCUGGCCCCCAGCCCUUGCACGCAGAAAGUCCAACUGCCAUGGGGCUUGGGAGUCGUCCUGGGGUGGGGGCCAGUGGGUGGUGCCCGCCCUAAGGCUCCUGGUCCCCUCGCCCCCCAGAGUAAAGGAGGGAUCCUGUCCAAGGCCUGUGAUUACAUCCGGGAGCUGCGCCAGACCAACCAGCGCAUGCAGGAGACCUUCAAGGAGGCCGAGCGGCUGCAGAUGGACAACGAACUCCUGAGGCAGCAGAUCGAGGAGCUGAAGAAUGAGAACGCCCUGCUUCGAGCCCAGCUGCAGCAGCACAACCUGGAGAUGGUGGGCGAGAGCACCCGGCAGUGAUGCCCGCCGCCACCGCGCAGCCGCCGCCGCCCACGCCGGCCUCUGCUGCCCCCUUCCCCAGCCCUUAGCACAGAGAGGGACACACGCCCCUCCCCCAGCUGCGUUUUUUUAUAGUAGAUUUUUAACAAAAAAAAAAAAAAACGGGGAGAAAUAAUGCAUUUCUGUGGAUACAGUGCCCACCGCCCUCCUCCACUUGGAAACGGUAUCCUCCCUCCCCAUCCGUCUGUCUGUCGCCCUACUCCUGGCCCUCACUAAGCCCCAGCACUUCUAGUGGUCUCACCUGGAGGCAGGAGGGAGGGGGACGGAGGCCCUGCUGCGUCCCACUGCCUCCUGGUCUCUGGAGGUACUGAGACAGGGUGCUGAUGGGAAGGAGCGGAGCCUUUGGUGGGGGCCACCCAGGGCCUGGACCUACACAGGGUGGCAACAUCCCACUCCACCUCUUGUUUCUGGGUCCCUGCUCCCCUUUGGGUGUGUGUGUGUGUGUUUUAAUUUUCUUUAUGGAAAAAAUUGACAAAAAAAAAAAUAGAGAGAGAGAGAGGUAUUUAACUGCAAUAAACUGGCCCUAUGUGGCCCCCGCCUUGUC